CGUUUAAAAUUCGAGAACAUGGUUUUUAUCUUUGAAAAAAGCAAACAUUUGAGUAAACUAAAGUUUUUUGUCUGACACCCUUCAGAGUUUAAAACGUCAGAACAUAGAUCGAAAACUCUACGCUAGGAAAUAUAUAUACCCAGUUGUGGAUCGAAAUUGGCCAAUCAGAAAUGCAAGCACAUGACUGUUGAGAUUGACCAAUCAAUGCCGCUUGCCUAUUGAGAAUGUUAGCAAUGGAGUCCUAAGGUAAAAACGAACUCAUUUUAUCUUGACAAUAUUGGAUUUUUCGUGCUUAUGUAGAUAGAUUCCAAAACCGCUAGAUGAAACGACGAUCGGGCUUUACCAAUAAUCCGAAACAUGUCGCCAUUAUAGUUUUUUGCACAAUCUGGGUUUUCUAGCAAAUGCUGCCCGAUAGCAGAAUCGCAGGUUUUAUUAGUAAUUUUGGAUUUGCAAGACCGUCGCCAUCCAAGCCAUUUUCAAGUUUUGUACCACCAAAAGAUUGUUUUCUUUAUUUUCGCGUUUUGAGUGGAUUGGGUUUUGAUGGUAUCGUUAGAGAAACCACUGAUGGCAUGAACAACAAAAGAACUUUUCAGAAGAAGUGAGAUACUAGCGUAUUAUAAAACCCAAUAACCACCAUGCGACUCCCAAGACCUUUUCUUUAAAUGCAUAGAGAAAUGUUUUUAUUUUCGUAAUGCAAACCUUUGUAACGUAAAUAUUUCUUAUUUGGUUGCAUCAAGUCUUUCACAUUUCAAAAUAACUUAAUAAUUCCUCGUUUUUCACACUCAAUCCUUCCGUAUUUCGAUGACUCAAAAUAUUUAUUAAAAUACAUACAACAGCAUAUCUGAAACAUACAAGUCCAAUGUUUACUUUUUCUAUAAUUUUCCUGCAGUAUCAGGUGCUCUUGAAUAUUCUCACGCAUCGUUUCAAAUGUUGGCUAUUUGUUUUGAUACGUGGAUCGGACAUGAACAAGUAUCUAUGCAAAAUGCUUGAUUCGGAUUCUGGAUAAUGAGGAAGAAGAUAUGGUUGUGAGAAUGGAAACGUGAAUCUAGCUAUGGUUCUGACAGCUGAAAUGUGCUGUAAUCCAGCUGUAAAGACCUGCAGAUUCUUUCAACGAUGUUUCUUCUACCUGAGCCUGUUAAUGAUACCUCUUUUGUAUGCAGACGAACAGGGUGCUUCCCCUGGCAUCAAACUAACACAUGACUUGAGAUUUGAAGAUGUUGAAGACAAUGGAAAAUCAUUUUGGUGUAUUGCAAAAAAGCCAUAUCGCAGAGAGAGAAUGGUAAAGUACAGGGAGAUUGUCAAAGAGACAUAUCAGAAGCCAUGCAUGGAAAAUAAAACUGCAAGCAAUAAUUUAUUGACGUUAUGUUCAUUUGAAAAGUAUACGAUCGUACCAAAGAGAAAGAAGAUAAUGGAAACAAAAUACUUCUUUGUUCUUAUCUGCUGUCCUGGUAGAUCGGGGCCAGGAUGCAAACAAGAAUCCAGCUUUAUUGAGACACCCACACAAGAAUAUGAAGAUCAAAGAGUUUCUGACGUCAUUGGAAAACCUAGCAACGCUGACAGAGAAUAUAAAAAGGAAAUAGCAUACGAGAAACAAGGAACCUGUCCUAAAAAUAACGUCACAAUAAUACACGAAAGUUUCUGUAAUGGCUCCUGCGUUAACGAUUCUGCUUGUGAAGGCACAAAGAAGUGUUGUCUUGGCCCAUCUGGUUGCAAUCAAUGUACUGAGCCAGAAGGAAAUAGUUGCGACCCAGAAUGUCUUAAUGGUGGACUUUGUAGCAUGGGAAAAUGCAACUGUUCGCAAGGAUUUACAGGAAAUUAUUGUGAAACAGUCUUGAACCUAACGGCCACACCAGCUAUAUGUCGAGUGACUGGCAAUUCAAAUGUGCAAACAUUCGAUGGAAGACGGUUUCGGAUCCCCAGCAACUGUGCGUAUCAAAUGGCAGGAGACUGCGUCGACAGCACAUUCUCGAUACACAUAAGAAACGAUGCAAAUUGUUCUGCAAGCCUUUUGCCAUGUCAAAGGUCGUUGAACUUGUACCUGGGUCAGAGUGACAUAAAGCUACAUGUUGAGGAUCGCAUGAGGGUGAGCAUCAACGGAAUAAAUGUAUCGCUACCACAUGUUGUUGGUGGAGUGAUCAUUCAACAGAUUGGAAAAUACGUUCUGUUCCAUGGCUGGUCGAAUGUCAUUGUGAAAUGGGAUGGUUUUGCUGGCAUUUAUAUACAGUUUCCCAAAAGUAUGAGGAAUAAAACAUGUGGACUCUGCGGCGACUUCGACAAUUCACCCUAUGAUGAUUACGUCACGAAAGAAGGAGCCCUUACCUCAAGUACGGCAAAAUUCAUUAACAGCUGGAAAAUGGAAGGAGUUACAGAACACUGUCGCAAUGUUUACGACUCUGAACUCAAUUCUGUAUACGAACAGCUUUCACAAUCAAAGAAGACAGAAAUUGACAUUAUAUGCAACAAGCUAAACUCAGAUGUAUUUCGUCCAUGCCAUGGGAGAAUAGACACGGCUCAAUUUUUAACUCAAUGUAGAGAAGACGUUGCUUCUUGCACUGAUGCGCAAAGUUUGAAUUGCGCUUGCGAUGCAUUCACACAAUAUUCCAGAUCGUGUGCCUCAAUAAAUGUAGUAUUGAAUUGGCGGUCACCAAAUCUUUGCUAUAGAAACUGUAGUGAAGGGAGAGAAUAUCAGGAAUGCGCCUCUUCUUGUCCAAAAACAUGUCAGACCAUCAACAGAAACAUUAUUUGCCAAGAAACAUGCGUCGACGGCUGUUUCUGUCCAGAAAACAAAGUUGAAAACAUGGGGAUGUGCAUUGAGGAGAGCGAAUGUCCAUGUGUUCAUGCAGGCAUAGUUUAUCAAGCUGGGCAAAGUUACAGAAAAGACUGCAAUUCAUGUUAUUGCAGUCAAGGUAGAUGGCAAUGUUCAAAUAUUACAUGUCCAGGUGAGUGUUUGUGUGAUGUAAACAUCGAUGUAAAUAUCUUUGUUUAUGUUGAAGAUUCUGUUCCAGUUAGAGGGACUAGCGUAGGUUUAUCUGUUAGGGAGAAUAUGUGUAUGGGUACUUUGUUUUGUUUUCGUACAACGAAUGGUUGUUUCAAAUUUAUCAUUUUAGCAACGUGCACGGCACAUGGAGAUCCACACUUUAUCACAUUUGAUGGGACAAGUUAUGACUUUAUGGGGAUCUGUGAGUAUGUGUUAAUGAGAGAAGACACGGUGCCAGGAAUUUCAGUCACAAUAAGCACUAUGUCUUGUAGUUCAAGUAACCAUGGCUCUUGUCCAAAAGAUGUCACUUUCCAGAUGAAUGGUACUGUUGUUCACAUUGAUGCAAAAUCCCAAAUUUCAGUUCAGGGAUUGAUAACUGUAUUGCCGUAUGCUGGCCCUGGUGUAAUUCUUAGACAGGCAUCGAGCUCUGCAAUUCGCCUUGAGACCUCUGUUGGCCUAGAUGUAAUAUUCGAUAGCGGUUCACAUGUUCGAGUAGUUGUAUCUUCAGAAUUCCGAGGCAGAACUAGUGGCUUAUGUGGAACUUUUAAUGGAAUUCAGCAAGAUGAUUUCACGACACCUGAAGGUGGACACGAGGCUAAUGCUAUUACGUUUGCAGAUUCUUGGAAGCUGGAUUCAACCUGCCAGAAUGACGUCAGCAGCGACCAUCCCUGCAACGUUCAGAUCCAGAGAGCUUCAGAAGCUGAGAAAAAGUGCAACAAAUUAUUGCAAAGUCCAUUUUCGAUUUGUCACAACUACGUUGAUCCGGGUGCAUACAUUGAAACAUGCAAAUAUGACGUCUGUGCAUGUGAAGAUCCACUAAAAUGCUACUGCGAUUCAAUAUCGAGAUACACUGAAGCCUGUGCAAAGCAAGGGGUAGUGAUUCGCUGGCGGGAUAAUAAAGUUAUACCAGAAUGUGUUGUCCAAUGCGAUGGUGAAACUAUUUACCAAGAAUGCGGUAAUGGCUGUGAGAGGCAUUGUAAAGAUCUAACAAGAAGCUUUCCAUGCACUCAGAUCUGUGUACCAGGCUGCAAUUGUCCAAACGGCACUCUUCUGAAUGAAUAUGGCUUGUGUGUUACAAGGAAUCAAUGUCCUUGCUACGAUCAGACUAAUGUUUAUCAGCCAGGCCAUAUUUUGUACCGCAAGGAUUGUUUACGGUGUUUGUGCAAAGAUGGCAUCUUUAAAUGCGAGCAGGAGACGACCUGUGAAAGUUUAGCGUGUCCCUCCAACCAGGUAUGGAUGACAUAUGGAACAGAGUGUGCAAGAACAUGCACAACACUUCAUUUACCAUGUCUUGGCUCGGUUACAACAGCAGGUUGUCGAUGCAAAUUCCCUUUGGUCUGGGAUGAUAGUAUCAAGCGCUGUAUUCACGAAUCCGAGUGCCCAUGUCACCAUCAUGGAAGAAGUUACCAACCAGGAUCAAAGAUUCAAUGGGGAUGCAAUCAGUGCAUUUGUAACAACACAAAAUGGCAUUGCACAAAAAGUGAGUGUGCUGGCUGGUGUUCGGCAUAUGGAGAUCCUCACUAUACGUCUUUUGAUGGCAAAAAGUUCAUGUUUCAAGGCUCGUGUGAGUAUGUUAUGGUGCAAGACUUCUGUAAUGGAAAAAAUGGUACCUUUCGAGUACAAACACAGAACGUUGUUUGUGGUAGUACUGGAGUCACGUGCGCAAAGGAUAUUACUGUUCAAGUUGGGGAUACUGUUCUGCAAAUGGAAAGGGGAAAAGAAAUCACCGCCAAGCCGGAAGUCGGUGCUCUGACUAUGACAGCAAAGUAUGACAUUGUCAGCAGUGGUAUAUAUACAAUACUUGUUACUGAUAUCGGAUUGUCCGUGAUAUGGGAUGGUGGUACUACUGUCUAUGUUUCGCUCAGUCCAACAUAUAAAGGAAAAACUUGCGGCUUGUGUGGUAAUUUCAAUGGAGACAGAGCAGAUGACUUUCAAACCCCAGAGAAUGACGUAUCUGUAUUGGCAACAUCAUUUGGUGAUAGCUGGUCAACACAACAGAAUUGCCCCAAUGCUCAAGAUCCACCAAACGCAUGCGUAUUCCACAAAAACAGAGCACCAUGGGCACAUAAACAAUGCAAUAUUCUCAAUAAAGAACCGUUUAUACAGUGCCACGAGGCGGUGAAUCCAAAACCAUACUUUGAUGCAUGCUUCUUGGACACAUGCUCUUGUGAUCUUGGGGGUGACUGUGAAUGUCUCUGCACUGCAGUGUCGGCCUAUGCAUCAGAAUGCAGUAAACAAGGAGUACAUAUCAGAUGGCGAUCAAAAGACUUCUGUCCUAUGCAGUGUGAUUAUGGUAGCCAGUAUGUAGCAUGUGGUCCAAGUUAUGCAAGAACCUGCGACAACCUUUGCAAGCCGACUCCUCAAAUGCCAUUAACCUGCACCGAAGGCUGCCAUUGUCCAAACGGUACAGUCAAUUAUCAAGGCAACUGUGUUAACCCAAAUCAGUGUCCAUGUAUUCAAGAUGGCGUUGCUCAUCCACCUGGAUCGUUGGUUAUCAGAAACUGUCAGCAGUGCACUUGCAUAAGUGGAUGCCUUGUUUGUAGUGGUCCUACAUGCCGCCCAAGCCUACAGACGACCAUAGUGACCAGCACAGUGAGUCAGUCGACGUCUACAAUGCAAACGAAAGCCAAGUCUAUCUUCGAGCAGUCAACAAAUCUACCUAGUUCAUCUGUAUCAUCGACAACAUUAAUUCCGUACACAGAAGGAACCACACAGUCAAUUGGAACGUUUCCUUUUCCCGCCACACAAAUGUCAACUACAACUGAAGCAAUUCAAGCAACUAGUAAUGCUACGGGAGCAGGCAAUCUUUAUAUUGUAGCAACAACAAAGACUCCAACAACGUCGAGGCCACCUUCAUCAUCCUUGCCUUCAAGCUCAACCCCUUCAGUGACAACGUCCAACAAAACAACAGCGUUGGUGAAUAGAACUACAACAACAACAUCAGCCAGUAGCACUGCAGCAUUAACAAAUCAAACAACAGCAACUCCAACUACUGCGUCAACGAAGAUAAGCAACGUGACUUCCACCGGAUUUGUUCCAACAACAUCUGAGACGACAUCACAAAUCUCAAAUGUCACUACCGUGAAAUCUUCAACACCAACAAAUGUUUCAACGUCGAGGCCACCUUCAUCAUCUUUGCCUUCAAGCUCAACCCCUUCAGUGACAACGUCCAACAAAACAACAGCCUUGGUGAAUAGAACUACAACAACAACAUCAGCCAGUAGCACUGCAGCAUUAACAAAUCAAACAACAGCAACUCCAACUACUGCGUCAACGAAGAUAAGCAACGUGACUUCCACCGGAUUUGUUCCAACAACAUCUGAGACGACAUCACAAAUCUCAAAUGUCACUACCGUGAAAUCUUCAACACCAACAAAUGUUUCAACGUUGAGGCCACCUUCAUCAUCUUUGCCUUCAAGCUCAACCCCUUCAGUGACAACGUCCAACAAAACAACAGCGUUGGUGAAUAGAACUACAACAACAACAUCAGCCAUUGUCCAAUGCGAUGGUGAAACUAUUUACCAAGAAUGCGGUAAUGGCUGUGCGAGGCAUUGUAAAGAUCUAACAAGAAGCUUUCCAUGCACUCAGAUCUGUGUACCAGGCUGCAAUUGUCCAAACGGCACUCUUCUGAAUGAAUAUGGCUUGUGUGUUACAAAGAAUCAAUGUCCUUGCUACGAUCAGACUAAUGUUUAUCAGCCAGGCCAUAUUUUGUACCGCAAGGAUUGUUUACGGUGUCUUUAUAUUGUAGCAACAACAAAGACUCCAACAACGUCGAGGCCACCUUCAUCAUCCUUGCCUUCAAGCUCAACCCCUUCAGUGACAACGUCCAACAAAACAACAGCGUUGGUCAAUAGAACUACAACAACAACAUCAGCCAGUAGCACUGCAGCAUUAACAAAUCAAACAACAGCAACUCCAACUACUGCGUCAACGAAGAUAAGCAACGUGACUUCCACCGGAUUUGUUCCAACAACAUCUGAGACGACAUCACAAAUCUCAAAUGUCACUACCGUGAAAUCUUCAACACCAACAAAUGUUUCAACGUCGAGGCCACCUUCAUCAUCUUUGCCUUCAAGCUCAACCCCUUCAGUGACAACAUCCAACAAAACAACAGCGUUGGUCAAUAGAACUACAACAACAACAUCAGCCAGUAGCACUGGAACAUCAACAAAUCAAACAACAGCAACUCCAACUACUGCGUCAACGAAGAUAAGCAACGUGACUUCCACCGGAUUUGUUCCAACAACAUCUGAGACGACAUCACAAAUCUCAAAUGUCACUACCGUGAAAUCUUCAACACCAACAAAUGUUUCAACGUCGAGGCCACCUUCAUCAUCUUUGCCUUCAAGCUCAACCCCUUCAGUGACAACACCCAACAAAACAACAGCGUUGGUCAAUAGAACUACAACAACAACAUCAGCCAGUAGCACUGCAGCAUUAACAAAUCAAACAACAGCAACUCCAACUACUGCGUCAACGAAGAUAAGCAACGUGACUUCCACCGGAUUUGUUCCAACAACAUCUGAGACGACAUCACAAAUCUCAAAUGUCACUACCGUGAAAUCUUCAACACCAACAAAUGUUUCAACGUCGAGGCCACCUUCAUCAUCUUUGCCUUCAAGCUCAACCCCUUCAGUGACAACAUCCAACAAAACAACAGCGUUGGUGAAUAGAACUACAACAACAACAUCAGCCAGUAGCACUGGAGCAUUAACAAAUCAAACAACAGCAACUCCAACUACUGCGUCAACGAAGAUAAGCAACGUGACUUCCACCGGAUUUGUUCCAACAACAUCUGAGACGACAUCACAAAUCUCAAAUGUCACUACCGUGAAAUCUUCAACACCAACAAAUGUUUCAACGUCGAGGCCACCUUCAUCAUCUUUGCCUUCAAGCUCAACCCCUUCAGUGACAACGUCCAACAAAACAACAGCGUUGGUGAAUAGAACUACAACAACAACAUCAGCCAGUAGCACUGCAGCAUUAACAAAUCAAACAACAGCAACUCCAACUACUGCGUCAACGAAGAUAAGCAACGUGACUUCCACCGGAUUUGUUCCAACAACAUCUGAGACGACAUCACAAAUCUCAAAUGUCACUACCGUGAAAUCUUCAACACCAACAAAUGUUUCAACGUCGAGGCCACCUUCAUCAUCUUUGCCUUCAAGCUCAACCCCUUCAGUGACAACAUCCAACAAAACAACAGCGUUGGUGAAUAGAACUACAACAACAACAUCAGCCAGUAGCACUGCAGCAUUAACAAAUCAAACAACAGCAACUCCAACUACUGCGUCAACGAAGAUAAGCAACGUGACUUCCACCGGAUUUGUUCCAACAACAUCUGAGACGACAUCACAAAUCUCAAAUGUCACUACCGUGAAAUCUUCAACACCAACAAAUGUUUCAACGUCGAGGCCACCUUCAUCAUCUUUGCCUUCAAGCUCAACCCCUUCAGUGACAACACCCAACAAAACAACAGCGUUGGUCAAUAGAACUACAACAACAACAUCAGCCAGUAGCACUGCAGCAUUAACAAAUCAAACAACAGCAACUCCAACUACUGCGUCAACGAAGAUAAGCAACGUGACUUCCACCGGAUUUGUUCCAACAACAUCUGAGACGACAUCACAAAUCUCAAAUGUCACUACCGUGAAAUCUUCAACACCAACAAAUGUUUCAACGUUGAGGCCACCUUCAUCAUCUUUGCCUUCAAGCUCAACCCCUUCAGUAACAACAUCCAACAAAACAACAGCGUUGGUGAAUAGAACUACAACAACAACAUCAGCCAGUAGCACUGUAGCAUUAACAAAUCAAACAACAGCAACUCCACCUACUGCGUCAACGAAGAUAAGCAACGUGACUUCCACUGGAUUUGUUACAACAAUUUCUUCAGCGAGAACAGAAAUUUUCAAUAUUAGCACCUCAACAAGGGCUGAGUCUACAACUUCACGUUUCAAUCUAACAUCUUCAUUUGGUAAAACUCCAACCACAGAACAGAUUCUUUCAACGUUGAUUUUCUCAAAAUCUUCUUCAAAGUUUGGAGUAACUACUGUCGGACAGAAUGUAUCUUUAUCAACUUUGCCUCCUUGCAACGGUGUUUUGUGUAACAAUGGGACUUGUCUACCUAGUGUAUAUCGUUGCGAUGGCGAAAAAGACUGCUUCACUGGCGAAGAUGAGUUAAACUGUCUGCAGAAAUGCGAAGGAAAUCGUGUUUAUAACACAUGCUCCAAUGGUUGUAUUGACACAUGCCAGUACAUGAACAAUACAUGUCAGAUAAGCAGCUGUGUACCAAUGUGCCAGUGUCCUGAAGGUUUAAAGUACAACGGAAGCUAUUGCAUUUUACCUGGGGAUUGCUUUUGUCGAGAUGCCACAGGAAGAUUCAGACGCCCAGGUGAUUCUUGGUACAAGAAUUGCAGUACGUGUUAUUGCUUUAAUAAUGAAAUACAAUGUUCAGCCAUGAUAUGUCCUACAUUGCCACACUGCCCCCAGCCUCAAUACAAAGUUGUUACACCUGCAGGAGAGUGUUGUCCGAAAUGCUUGCUGUCUGAAAUAACUACCAGUGCUACUACAGUUAGUACUUGCUCCGGUUUUCAAUGUGGAAACAAAUGUAUCUCUGCUAAUUGGCUUUGUGAUGGUGAAAGAGACUGUACGACUGGUAUCGAUGAAGCCAACUGCCCAAGCACGACAAACUGUUCACAAUCACUAGGCUUGGAGAGUGGAAAAAUUCCUGAUAACCACCUGACUGCAAGUUCUUCAAAGCUACAUUUUCAUCCCUCAUACGGCCGUCUCAGAUCAGAUAUGACAUUGGCAAAUAAGUCAUGGUGUGCUAGAAAGGAUGACAAAAAUCCGUACUUUCAAGUAAAUUUUGGCUCACUUGUUCGUGUUACGAAACUAGCGAUCCAGGGAAGACCAUUGCAUAAUGAGUUUGUCAGAACAUUCUCGGUCUAUUACAGUAUGGAUGGAGCUCUUUGGAAAAAGUACAUGGUUAACGAAACCCUUAAGAUAUUUAGAGGGAAUGUGGAUGGAGAUUCUAUCGUCUACAACAAGCUGGAAAUCCCUUUCACUUCAAGGUUCAUGAGAAUAAACAUCCAUUCAUUCGAAAAUGCAUCAUGCUUGAGAUUAGAGGCUUACGGAUGCAAUGCAACAGUGCCAACCCCACAACCUACACAGAUAACAACCAGUUGUCCGGAGUAUUCUUGUGAUAACAAUACAAAGUGCAUCCCAAACAGAUGGGUCUGUGACAGAACUUUUGACUGCCUCGAUAAAACAGACGAGUUGCAAUGCAAUCGCACUUGUAGUGAGAGUGAGUUCAAAUGUGGUAAUGGUAAAUGCAUCAAAAGGAUAUUCGUUUGCGAUCGAGACAAUGACUGUGCUGAUGGUACGGAUGAGAGAAAUUGUACUAAUGUAACCUGUAGUAGCACGGAAUUCACUUGUACUAAUGGCAAAUGCAUACCAAAACGGUUUCUUUGUGAUGGUGACAAAGAUUGUCAAGAUGGAGUAGAUGAAGAAAACUGUCCAACUACAGUAACUACCAUAGCCACAACAUCUCCAGGAAACUGCACUGGCUUUUUGUGCCGGCUUUCAAAGAAAUGUAUCCCGAGAAAAUAUGUUUGCGACAACUACGUUGACUGUCCAAAUAGCGAGGAUGAGACAUGCUGUCAAUCGGACACCUACCUGUGUCCGAGCAAUGAUAAAUGCAUACCAAAGACAUACUUGUGCGAUAAAUAUAAGGACUGUCCGUACGGUGAGGAUGAGAAAAAUUGCAAUAUAAGCACGACUACGGUGGCAACGACAAUAUCUACGUAUCCUGCCACCUUGACAUCGGCAGUCUCCACCUUAAUUACAAAUCGUAGCCAGCUCAUCACGACGGCAACAAAACAUGUGACAACCAGCACUUUUCCAUUAGUUUUAAAUCUUACCUCUCCGUUUUCCCAAAAUAUUUCAACCGGUAUCCCUGUCACCAGUGUGCCUAGUACAAGCACAACAGCCCUGUAUACAACAAAAUGUCCAUCAAAUUCGACAUGCCUUUGCACGAGGACUUGCGAUUCCAUGGCUAAGAAUACCAACAGCUGUGCACAGUUUAUUUGUACAGAUCUUUGUAACUGUACCCAAAACUACACAAGGGCAUCUAAUGGCAUUUGUUAUAAUAGACCUAAAUGUCCCUGUGUCCUCAAUGGCAUUGUAAAUAAGGUUGGAUCGGUAAUCAACCACAUAGAGAACUGCACCACAUGUAUUUGCACUGCAUCUGGGUUCAACUGUACAUCUUAUUGUCCCAUACAGAACUGUCCAGAGGAUCAAGAAAUCCGUCACGAAAGAGAUAAAUGCUGCUUCUGUUCACCGACCAAUGUUACCACUUUAGUUCCAGCAACUACUCCCUAUUAUUCUACACCCUCAACUCCUGCCCUUGUCUCCGAAUGUCUGGUAAACGUUACAAAUGUUAAUUUCACAAAUGACGAUGGAUGCAAGUCCGUAUCAACACUCAUGCAGACAAGUUGCUCUGGAAAAUGUGCUUCGGAGUCCUGGACAAAGUUUAACGAAGUUGUUCUUUUCAACGACUGUCGAUGCUGUAAAGCGACUGGGUACGAAAGCUACACCGCCCAGCUUUUCUGUGGAAAUGGCACCGUGGUAACCAUGGACUAUCUUGUUAUUACAAGCUGCCACUGCAAAGGCUGCAGUUAUGAUUUACUUGGUACGACAGCACCUUCUACUAUGACUGCUGAAAUGAAUUCAUUUAAUAAAAACUCCCGUCUGUUUUUGGUGAGUAUUCUAAGAGGGUUUCAUUGUUUUUAUCCUCCAGCAACUGCUUCAGUGAAAACCAUUGCGCCUUCGGAGAGGUUAAUCGUCACUGGUAGUGUUUCAGUAACACCAACAUUUACACAGCAGACAGCUAAACAUAAAACUGAUGUAAAUUCCUUUCAAAAAGGCUGUAAUGUAACGAAACAUACCAGAAUAAUUGAAACUAGUAAUGGAUGCCGUUCCGAAUUCCCGGUUAUAAAGACGUCAUGUGAGGGGAACUGUUUCUCGAGCUCGCACUUUGAAAAUCUGAGCUUACUUUCUGAAUGUAACUGUUGCAGGCCCUUAAGUUACAAAAUACUAACAGUAAGGUUAAUAUGUAGCAACAGUACCACUUUAGACUAUCCUUUUAUGCGCAUCGUGAAUUGCUCUUGCCAAAUCUGUAGUAGCGACCAGACUUAACUAACAAGUAGGUUACAAAUGGGGUAUUGCAUAUUAAAAAAUGUUUGAAGAUUUUUUUUUUCGUAUAGAAUCCAGGAAGCGUCACCAAAUUUUGAAUCUGGGUAGUAUAUAAGUAGAUAUUUACCAGGAAGCGUAUUUGAAUUCUUGUUGAUGGAUUGUAAAUUAUAGGCUGACUGACGGUGGAUCGUAAGUUAUAUAAUACUGCUGAUAUGUCUAAUGUCUUGGCUUUUGGCGAAGCAGCAUUAUUACCAAACUUUUUCGAUUUUCCCUAAUAAAAGCUAAAAAGCCAGUGAUUUUUCAAGCAGAAAUGGUUCAUUUUAUCUUUCUCUUCUGCAUUUUCAACAAUAGUAGUCUGCCAAAGCAAUCGCCAAUUCCUGUAUUUCCGUGAAUUAGGUUAUUGCAAAUUCAACAAUCAUCCUGAGGCUUCAUACUUUAAGGAGCAUUGGUAAACACACCUGGUAUAACGCCUGCGUAGCUUGGAUCUCCUUUUUGUAACGUUUAGUUAGGUUAUAGUUAGGUCUUGUCCAGUAGGAUUAAGGUCACCAACAAUGUCUCUGCGAAAUGAAUAGUAAAUACCUAAUUUUCUAUUUGUUUGCCUUAUUACUUUUUAAACGACGUUAAAAGGACACAGUCUUCAAAAGGAUUUAACAAGAUGAACCUCUUCUGGAGUGUAGCAUUCAAUUAUGCACUACGUACGAAAACCUGGAUUUGCACAAAAUAUGACGCAGACUCGACAUUUUCAUUCUAUCAGAAGUAUUUAGAUGUUUCAGAGAAGAAUUCCACCUCAAAUUAAUAUCCCUGUUCAAUACCAUAAUCAGAACCUUUGAAUUUUUAAUCUUGACAAUUUUAAACCGAAGCAUUUGUUGCAAUAGUGGUCCUGAAAAGCCAGCUGACUAAUAAUAUCGUCGAUAUAUUAUCAAAUCUUCGUACAUAACAUU